UUGCUGAAAUCAUUAGUUAGAAUCGAACUAGUAAUCCAAACAAAUCCUUCCAACAUGAAAUUCAUCAUUGUAUUCGUUGCUCUUUUCGCCAUCGCUUUGGCUGAAGUUGAAAUUGUUCAACGCGACCUCGAUGUCCAACCCGAAAGCUUCAAAUUCGUUUCGGAAACUUCUGAUGGUAGCAAACAUGAUGCUGAAGGAGAAUUACACGAUCAAGGUACCGAUCAUGAAGAAAUUGUUGUACGUGGUUCAUACUCUUUCGUUGGUGAUGAUGGUCAAACCUACACCGUAAACUAUGUUGCUGAUAAGAACGGUUUCCAACCCCAAGGUGCUCAUUUGCCCGUAGCUCCAGUAGCUUAAGUUGUUUAUGUUUAUCUCGUUUUUAUGUUAAAUGUAAUUAAUGGAUUUGUUAAAACUAUUUGAAUAAAAAAAAUUAAAUUAAAAA